AUGGAAGUUUACUACCAAAAUGUAAAUAGAAUUAGGUCUAAAACUACUGAUUUAUUUUUAAAUGUGUUAAAUUCAAGUUAUGACUUAAUUUGUCUUACUGAAACAAACCUCACUCAGGGGGUUUUUAAUAGCGAGGUGUUUGAUAAUAGAUAUUUAGUAUACCGAAAGGAUCGCUACUCAUCUUGUUCAAGUAAACGAGAUGGCGGUGGAGUGCUCAUAGCUGUAAAAAAUAAUAUCCAUGCAAUUCGCCUAGAACAUUACGAGAGCGUGUAUGAAGAUUUAUGGAUAUCUGUAAAUCUGAACAAUUCUUCUCUGAAUGGCCUACUGAUAUGUGUUUGCUACUUGCCUCCAGACCUGACUAAAGAGGAUUUGAAUAGUUACUAUAGCCAUUUACAAGAUUUUGUACUUCACAAAGCGAACAAUAGGCAUGUCCUAAUAUUAGGUGAUUUCAACACGCACAAUCUCAGUUGGCUUGAGGUUAAUCCUAAUUCCUAUCAACCUAUUGACCCCUCUGACACCAAAGCACGUCUUCUCUCUGAAUCGGUUUAUCUGUGCAAUUUGUAUCAGUUUAACCAUAUAGCAAAUAUUAAUAAUCGACUUCUUGAUCUUGUCUUUUCUUCUUUUGACGCCAUUGAAGUUGUUGCUGCAGAACCACUAUCGCGCAUUGAUUUACAUCAUCCUCCACUUUUAAUACAACUCAAAUUAAAAAGUGAUGCACGUUCUAAUCUCAUGCGCAAUACAACAGCUCACUUUAAUUUCCUAAAAAGUAAUUAUUCUUGUAUUAAAUCUAGCUUGGCUGCGAUUGAUUGGUUCACUGUAUUAGGAAAUUUCGAAAACAUUGAUCU